CAUAUUAUGAGUUCCUUAAAAAUAGGUGUGGAAUUCACUGUAUUUGUUAUUCGGUUUUUUACAGGUAAGCUCACCCUACUAAGUUCUAUUUGUAAACUGUUCUUUGAAUUGUAACAGCUAGAAAUUAUGUCUAUUGAAACAUGUAGAAGUAGAAAUUCUAAAAUCUGAAGCUUUGUGAAGAUACAUGAUACCACAAAACUUUUGAUAAAAUCACCAGAACUAGCCCUAGGAAUAGGGGAAAAAACCAGAAGUGUGCCUUCAUGAGUCCAUGCUUUCUUGUGUGCAGGAUAUACAAAGGAUAACCUUUUCCUACACCAUUAGCUGGUGUAGGAAUGGCUUAACAGCCUGACCUUCAAACAGAACUGUUGUUGACCCUCCUCUGCAACACUUGUCUGAAAGGUUAUGCUCAAAGGGAGAGCUGACUACCAGGAGAGAAAAAUCCAAAGAGAAAUUCUGAGGAAAAAAGCACUUCCAAAAAAAUACUUCAGGUUCAGCUGUCUGGUGGCCUUGCAGAGAGCAAACCCUCAUAGCAGACAGUAAAGGACUGUAAGAAGACUGUAAGACUCAUCCACUGAAGGAACCAGACUCAGUAAAAGAAGGAGAAUUGUCAAGGUCUAAUUUCUCCACAUAAUUUCCCAAGAGAUUUAUGGAUAUAAAAGAAUCAGUAGUUAGAAAAACAGUUUAAUAUCUAGUAAUUCAGCUGUUCAGUAGGAAAGUACAUGGAAGAACCACCUAGUAAUUUUCUUAAAGGUUGACACAGAAAGUUACCCUGUGCUAUGGCACUCUGAGCUUCCAGUAGUAUGGUGCCAGGGCCUCUCCUCCUGCAGUGUGCCACAGUGUGACACACACCUGGCAAGUCCUUGUUGGAAGGUCCUUGCAGGCCCUGUAGUUAUUUUAUGCUCUUCAAAAUCCUGUCUUUCCUGCUAUCCUGGGAUUUUCAGAAACAUCUCUUUCAGUUUAUCAGUUCUCUUCCUUUUUUCUUCUUUUUCUGUCAUCUGAUUUUUUUGUCAUUCCUAAUAGCUUAGAACCUUUUCUGCUGCUGCUUGUGGUGAUGAGUAUUGCCAAAAUGCCUGGGAACAGCGUGAGCAAAGCUACAGUUUCUUGACAGUCUUGGAGGGAGAAUACAACUCUAAAGCCCCAGAGUGACUGUCAGGGAGUUUCCACAAUGGAGAAGAGGGAAGGUGGUAAUCGUGCAAUUGAUCAGAAUGCAGGUCAGAACAUCAUGCCAAGAAGAAAUACAGGAAAUCUUAACUACUUGAAUGUGGAUAUGCAGGUUGCCAAUCCAUCAGAAGCAGCUGCACUUUUUGAUUUACAUCAAGCACACCAUUUUGGUGAGUUUGAACACUCUUCAGAACAGCACUGCAAGCAGGAUCUGUUCCCUAAGUGGCACUUGCCAAUGAAGAUAGCAUCUGUGAUCUCAUUAAUAACAUUUAUUUACACUUCCAUGAGAGAUGUCAUAUAUCCUUUUACAACCAAAAAGGAAAACGUUUUCUAUAAAAUUCCAAUCCUUGUCAUUAACAAAGUUUUACCAGUGACUUCAAUUACCCUUUUAGCACUAGUGUAUUUACCAGGAAUAUUAGCUGCUAGUUUCCAGCUGUACUUUGGCACCAAGUAUAAAAGGUUUCCCCAGUGGCUGGAUAGAUGGAUGUUAUCAAGGAAACAAUUUGGACUUCUCAGUUUCUUCUUCGCUACAUUGCACGCCUGCUAUAGCCUGUGCUAUCCAAUGAGAAGAUCGUACAGAUACAAGCUGCUGAACUGGGCAUUCCAGCAGGUCAAACAAAAAAAGGAAAAUGCCUGGAUUGAACAUGAUGUUUGGAGAAUGGAGAUUUAUGUGUCUCUAGGAAUUCUGGGACUUGCUUUGCUGGCCCUGUUGGCAAUAACAUCAAUUCCAUCUGUCAGUCUCUCUUUGACUUGGAGAGAGUUCCACUACAUUCAGAGCAAUAUGGGAUAUUUAGCCCUGCUGCUAUGCACUGUUCAUGCACUGGUGUUUGCUUGGAAUAAGUGGGUUGAUGCUAACCAAUUCAUCUGGUAUACGCCACCUUCAUUUAUGGUUGCAGUUUUUCUUCCUAUUGUAGUUCUGCUCUGUAAAUGCAUACUGCUCCUUCCAUGUUUUAGGAAGAGGAUAAGAAAAAUCAGAAGUGGUUGGGAAGCUAAGGCACAAGCCAAUCAAACCAGCAUAACUUCCAGACUGUAGAUCAAAUAUGGACAUUUCCUAUCUAUGUAUCUAAAUAUGCUCAAAGCCAUGAAAUUUUCACUCAUGAGUUCUGUUUUCACAUUCAUUAUAGAUGUUUCUUUCUCACUUUUUUUUUUACUUCAGGAGUAUGAGAUACUUGAUACAACUUAAUUUUGUUGGUUUCAAAGGCAAAAAAAGAAAACAUCUAUUUUACACUUUAAUCUAUUCAGUGUUUUGGUAUUUGAUGAUUUCUUUAUUCUGACUCACUGCUUUUAAAAUCCAAGUGUUUCAUUGUCUCAAUCCCAGUUUUUUUUUUGUAUGCAAAAACAAACAUAAGUUAUUUCUUCAGAUGACCACAGAAAGUAAAAAAAUUAUUACACCACAGAGCCCAGGAAUGCUUGCUGCUUCGCAAAGUCAUGUGUGUACCUUCAUUAGAUCUCAGAAUUAUAAUGGGACAAAAACUAGAGUAUUUAUCAUCCCAUUGCCUCUUAGCACCUGCAGCCUGUGUUUCAUUCUGCAAAGUGGGGACCUUGGCUUAUGAACCAGACAGAAACUGUGUAUUUCUGCCAGGUCUUGAACGUACACAACUGAGCAAGCAGAAUUACAGGGAUCUUUACAAGGUAAAUAUCUCCUGAGGCUUGGGCACAGUCUAAAAAAAGAGUUUUUAGACUCAGAUUUCCAUCUUAUCCAGGACUAGGUGUGUCUCUGUUUACUUGAAACGAUAAAACACUUCCCAUUUUUUAUUCCAUGAACACAUUCUUUUGUUUCUGAUGCUGGAAAUUUUCCAUGCUUUUGAGCUGAGCCUGCAGCCCUUGACAUGUGCUAAACUUUAUUUGCACAAAUUAUUCCAGUGGGAUAAAUCCAUCAGGUAAAUGUGUUUUUUUGUUUACUCUAGGGCCAACAAUUGUGUGACUGGAAGAAAAACAUUAAAAAUAGACAUUUGAAUCUUGCCAAUGGUUUGGUGAGAUUGUCAUGCUAAAUGGUUUCCAAAUGCAUUUGCUUUUACAGAAAUUUUCCUAAUAACUUUAAUAAGCUCAUUAAAUCCUACUUUCCUUACAUUGCAUAGGUCUGUAUGAAGUUUUUAAGUGAAUAAUUCAUUUGUUAGUAUCUGUUUUGAAAUAUGUUAUUCAGUAGUAAAUAUUUCCCAACAUCAGGAAUAUUUCUGCCAGUCUGCCUGCAGGAGUUGACUAGGACAUGGACUGUUGGCGGCGCCUAUUGCUGGAAUCCUCUGAAUGAGAACUGUAAUUGGUAAUGGCUCUGGUAUUAAAACAAACAGGAAAACAACAUAUGCCUAAAAAAAAUGUAAUACACAGUGCUAAUGAAUCUGUUGUCUUUUUCUGGACUUUUACAUGGAGCAUAAAUAACAGACAAAUUAAAUAGCUACAGGGAUGUUAUAUUUUGUAUUUUCUGGGUUGUUACCAUUCAAUUAUUGCAACUUAAAAGUUGGCCUUUUUUAAAUUUGCAUGUAAUGUAAUAUGUGAAAGUAACUGGGGACAUGGUGUCCUAUGUAAUAUAGACUGAAAUCUGUGGCAUUAUGUAUCAAACCAGUAAUGUAUGGCAGAGGCCAAAACCUUACAAUACAGGAAGCUGCAAUGUUAAUCUAAGAAGUUUCUAACAGAGUAGGAAAAGUAUGGUGCUCAAUGCAUUUUCAUUUAUAUUUCCAUGAAUGAAAUAUAUCUUUAAUAAGCUCUAUGCACUUGUUACAGAAGUAGUCUAAGACAGCAUAACUUUAUUCAUUUCAAGUAGUUAAUAUGGUUUGAAUUGAUAACAUAAAUUACAGGGGCAAACCAAUUUCAAGAUGAUUACAUACUAUCCAAACUGACCUUUUAUGCUCAUCAUUCAGCUGGGGACAUUAAGCACACUUCAGACUUUUCUCUCUAGCAUUGCCCAGAGGCAAACCCAGAAGUGUCUUCAACGACAUGAAAUUUACAUACAGUCUACAAAAGCUAUUCCAAAAGUCACACAUGACAUCCAAACAUUCAAGCAUGUUUUUCCCUACUGAUAGUUUCAAGUAGAAGCCAGGUUUUCUGUGUCACAUCUAGCCAUUUCUCUAGAAACUACCAUUGAAUGCUUACAGCCAGAACUUGAGAUUUCAUGGUGGGUCUUAAUAACUCACUUCCCAGUGUGCAGGCUGCUCAGGGAAGUGGUUGACUCACUAUCCCUGGAGGUAUUUAAAAGACAUGUAGAUGUGGUAUUUAGGGACAUGUUCUCAUGGUAGGCUUGGCAGUGUUAGAUUUAUGGUUGGACUCAGUGUAAAUUAUUCUGUGAUUUGCUUUUUAGACAUUCAGAUACAGCAGUGAGGGAGAUCUAUAUGCUAUUGACAGUAUUUAAUUUCUCAGUUUGUGGCAGACAUGGUCUAGUUCAAUACUGGUGAAUCUACAUUCAUAUAUACCUUUAUGUUUAUGUACCUCUUUGAAAUUGAGUGUAUUAAUAGGCCUAUAUACUCUUAUAAUACAUUAAUUGAAUGUGUGUGCACAUUUUAGGCACUUAUUUGUAUAACACUAAUCAGUUUUAUAAAACUGUGCAUCAUUAAAUGCUUCAGUGUAUGCUGUA